CAUAGUGGGGUCAGGUGGAUUAGUAAUUUUAAGGUAUUUUUAAUUUUGAAAAUUGGUAAUAUAUAUUUUAUUGGAAUGUGUUUACAAUAUUUUUAGAGUGUCUUAUUUGGAAUAGUUUGCAACCACGUGUGUUAUUGAAAUAUUUAUUGGACUUAAAUUGCAUUUUAAUGGAUUAAAGAUUUGCAUUUAAAUCAAUGAACGGGUGCUAGAAAGUGAAACAGUGAAAUCAAACAUCUGGAGACAGAAGUAUUUGGAAGAUGACAUUCGCUUGACGUUCGCAUACCUUCAAUUUUAUGGCGGGAUGUAAUUCAACUGAAAUUAAUCUCGUUGUGGAUGUAUAAGUUAUGAUCUCGUAAUUGGAUUACGUUUAUAUAUACAGUCAUUGAAAUACCAGGCAAUUAAUCGCUUAAAAAGGAUUAAUUUCGCAAAGAAAACCCGGAUUAUAUUUUUUUCGCGCGGGGAAGUGAUUUUUGUUUCGUUUUGUUUAUUAUUAUUCAUAGAGUGAAACUUCGAACACAAAUUUGGAUAAUUUGUAUUAAACAGCGUUUUUUGGUCGUUUCUGUGAUUUUUGGAGUGAAUUUUUGACUAACUCCAUUAUUGUAAGUAAUGGUGCUAGAACCGCGUUGUGCUAAAAAUAGCGAACGGAAUAUGACGUCAUCAUGCCAGUGUCAGCACGUGACGAGCAGGUCAAGGACAAAGUUGAAACCAUUGACAAUGAGGUCGAUUCAGAUUCUGGAUAUACGUGUGAUUCUUAUUCUUGGAUUAUGUAUAGCAGCUACACCUGUCUUUGCUCAAAAUAUUUUAGGCGACUGUCCGGUGCAAUACUCAGCAGGUGCUUGUAACGUCAGCUGUUCACGUGAUGUCGACUGCGCGCGCAACAGUCGUUGCUGUGAUACAACAGACUGUGACGCCACACAAUGUGUAGCAGCCCUGUUUUCAACUUUUGAGGCUCGUGCGCAUGUUCAUAUACCCUGGUCUGAAGAUUACUCGGACCUUGAGGCCCCGACAUCACGUGGGCUCAUCAGCAAUCUCACCUUAUGGCUGCAGUGUGCGUUCAACGCUACCAGCUUCUCGGCGGAUAUUUUCAUCACUGCAUUUAUGGCUAGCCAGGGAAAUGAAGUAAUCGUCAUGUUUGAAAUCAAAGACGUUUCACAGAAAACCACUGUUAAUGCACUUGACGUACUGUAUGACGCGCUUCAAGACAUGGUCGAUAAAGACGGUUACUAUAACACCACGCAGUUUGAAAUAAAUGGAACUUCAAUUGCUACCGAUGGUUCUUCAACGUCAUCCUUGUCAAUUUCGACAUCAACAAUGGCGUCAUCAGAAUCAACGUCGCCUAGCCAGUCUAUGACGUCAACCAUGUCCGUUUCGCCGACGUCAAUGACGUCUUCAUCAGUGACGUCGUCAAGCGUUGAUGUGACGUCAAUAUCAUCGACACCAGUUCAAAGUAGCUCUGUUGACAGCAGUACAAGUACUGUUACAACAACAACGGAUGUAUCUACGUCGUCUUCCCAAGCUUCAACAAUGACGUCUUCACAUGACGGCACAAAAUCCACUGCUUCUGUCUUAGGGACAUCCACAACAACAACAAUGAAAACAUCUGAAGCGUCCUCUUUAACUCCGACGCCAUCUUCCAUGUCCACGACACAGUCGUCAACCACCGAAUCUCAACCACAAUCGUCAAUGUCAACAUCCCAAAAAGGAUCGACUUCGUCUACAUUUAUAGCACCAACGUCCUCGACAUCGGUUUCUGCGACAAUAGCAACGUCAAGUUAUGUAACACCGUCGUCAAGCACAGAAAGUAUAAAAUCGACGUCUUCGUCAGAAAACACAACGCCGUCUUCAACGUCAGUAAACAUAAAACCAACAUCAACCUCAGCAUAUACAUCAGAAAUGCAAACGACAAAUCACACAACGCCGAUGUCAACGCCAGAAAACACAACGCCGACAUCAUCAAGCGUAACAACGAUGUUAUCAAGUGUUUCUGCAUCGUCAUCAUCAACUGAUUCUUCGACUUCAUCAAGCGUUCUUGCUACGUCAACUAGCUUCUACACGACGUCAUCAAGCGUAGCAUCGACAUCAUCAAGCGUUGAAUCGAGUUCAACAUCAAGUGUUUCUCUGACAUCAUCAAGCGUUUCUCCGACAUUAUCAAGCGUUGAAUCGAGUUCAACAUCAAUUGUUGAAUCGAGUUCAAAAUCAAGCGUUUCUCCGACAUCAUCAAGCGUUUCUCCGACAUCAUCAAGCGUUAUUUCGACGUCAUCAAGCGUUUCUCCGACGUCAUCAAGCGUUAUUUCGACGUCAUCAAGCAUUUCUCCAACAUCAUCAAGCGUUUCUCCGACGUCAUCAAGCGUUAUUUCGACGUCAUCAAGCAUUUCUCCAACAUCAUCAAGCGUUUCUCCGACAUCAUCAAGCGAUGAAUCGACUUCAACAUCAAUCGUUGAAUCGAGUUCAAAAUCAAGCGUUUCUCCGACAUCAUCAAGCGUUUCUCCGACAUCAUCAAGCGUUAUUUCGACGUCAUCAAGCGUUUCUCCGACGUCAUCAAGCGUUAUUUCGACGUCAUCAAUUAUUUCUCCAACAUCAUCAAGCGUUUCUCCGACGUCAUCAAGCGUUAUUUCGACAUCAUCUAGCGUUUCUCCGACAUCAUCAAGCGUUUCUCCGACGUCAUCAAGCGUUUCACCGACAUCAUCACGCGUUUCUCCGACAUCUUCAAGCGUUUUUCCGACAUCGUCAAGCGUUUCUCCGACAUCAUCAAGCGUUUCACCGAUGUCAUCAAGCGUUUCGACGACACCAUCCAGCGUUGAAUCGAGUUCAACAUCUAGCGUUUCACCGACAUCGUCAAGCGUUUCUCCGACAUCAUCAAACAUUGAAUCGAGUUCAACAUCACGCGUUUCGCCGACAUCGUCAAGCGUUUCUCUGACAUCAUCAAGUGUUUCUCCGACAUCGUCAAGCGUUUCUCCGACGUCAUCAAGCGUUUCUCCGACUUCAUCCAGCGUUUCUCCGACAUCAUCAAGCGUUUCUCCGACAUCGUCAAGCGUUUCACUGACAUCAUCAAGCGUUGAAUCGAGUCCAACAUCAAGCGUUUCGCUGACAUCUUCAAGCGUUUCACCGACAUCAUCAAGCGUUUUUCCGACUUCAUCAUCUAUGUCAACUUCGCCGUACACUUCAACAGAAAUGACGCCAUCCCCGUCUGAAACCUCGUCAAUACCUUUAUCAAGUACUACUGCAACUUCACAAUCAACAGCUAUGACAUCAUCUGCGACGUCUUCAAGCGUUGACACAACAUCACCAACAAGCACAGUUUUAUCGUCAACGUCAGUAGUUAAAACUAGUUCUACGUCAAUGCAUUCUGCUACGUCAACGACGUCAUUAGUAUCGUCAUUGUCAACAGACACUUAUACAACUACAUCAGCUACGUCGACAUCAGGUUUACACACUUCUAUGGCAACAGCCGUAUCUACAUCAUCAGCAAUUGCUCCAACAUCAUCAUCAGAGAUGACAAAAACCUCCUCUAGUCUAAUGACGUCUUCAAUAACGGGAUCGACGUCUUCAGCGACAUCGGUUGCAUCCUCGACCGAUUCUACAUCAGCAUCUACAUCAGUUAUGAGCUCAACUUCAAUAUCUGAAACGAGUUCCAUGACUUCAACGUCAUCAAUGACUUCGAUACACGAGACAUCCUCAAGUACAUCGUCUAGUGACACAUUGACGUCUUCAUCACAUACAUCAACUAUUGGAACUUCUUCAACCUCUAUGUUGAUAACAUCGACAUCGAUUGAUGUUACAAAAUCGAUCGAACCAACAUCAACGGUGAUUGUGUCGUCAACUUCAGAAAUGGCAACCACUCUAAUUGCAACGAACUCUUCUUCAAUUCAGCCAACAUCAACGAUAAGUGUCAGUCCAACUUCGUUGCAGACAUCAGUAACAUCUUUGACCACAAGUGACAUGGAGAAAACGUCAUCACACUCUGUUAUGACGUCAAGAGAAACAACGUCGUCACACUCUAUAAUGACGUCAGCAGCAACAACGUCGUUUUCAAGUGACGUCAGUGUUAGAUCUUCUACGACGUCAUCAACACAUGUUAGUCCUACGUCAUCUAUAACCUCGUCAUCAACAUCAGCACAUAUUAGUCCGACGUCAUCUAUGACCUCGUCAUCAACAUCAACACACGUUAGUCCUACGUCAACUAUGACCACGUCAUCAGCAUCAACAUACGUUAGUCCAACGUCAACCGUCACCCCAGCAACAACGACGCCAUCUCCUGGGCGAGUUAUGUACCGCGGAAGCAUGCGCAUACUUUCAGGCGUCACGUGGUCUGAUGAUCUCUACUAUAUGACGUCAUCUGCCUAUGAAGAGCUUACAACAAGAAUGACAAAUAUGGUUAAAUCUGUGUUCGAUGUAUCACCGUCAUUUCCGGCGCGGUUUGUCGGAUUUUCUGACGUCAUCUUUAGUUUCAACCAAUCAUCUGUGGACAUGGAUUACGUCAUAACGCUGAUGGAAGACACGCCUGGGUCUUUGACACCUCAGAUGGUCACUGAAAAGUUCGUUUCUGCAAACAACGAGUCCUUGUUCUCAGACUCAGAGGGCUUGUUAAGCGUUGACCAAAUUUAUCACGAAGUCAUGGAUGCAUCGACAACCACUUCUACUCCAGUCAUUACAUCAACACCAUCCAUCAGUAUGACGUCAUCAGAUACGUCAUUCACACCAACGUCGACUGCAACAAGUUCACCAUCAUCCACAUUGAUGACUUCAUAUAUUACAUCGGCGUCAUCGACGUCAGUAACAGAAUCGACACCAUCACCUUCAAGCAGUGUAAUGGCAACGACAUCGAUAGUUACAGAACCAACGUCAUCGAAAACCUCAAUGACGCCAACCAUAACACCGACGUCAUCGUCAAUGGCGUCAUCCAUACCUAUGACGUCAUCUGUUACAACGACGCCAGCUCCAAGAAUGGUUCGAAUGGACGGAAGUUUGCGGAUAACGGCUGGCGUCCAAUACUCACAAGCGCUUGAAAAUACGACGUCGGCAGAAUACAAAGAACUUGCCGACGACAUCGAACUCAAGUUGCAAACGCUGAUGGCAGCCAACCCUGACCUGGGAACUCGAUUCAGAGGCAUCACAAACAUUCGCUUCAGCCAAGGAAGCGUGAUUGUCUCUUUCUCCAUGAACUUCGAAGAUGACGUCACACAACCAAUUUCCGAAGGUGAUGUCACGAGUGCCUUGCAGACAGGUGUGACGUCAGGAGGGUUUGGAAACCUUACUGUUGAUCAAACAUCUAUAAACGUAGCAGAAGUACGACAAACGACAUCAACUACAGUUCGAAUGACGCCGACUUCAACUGUAACAAUGACGUCAUCUUCUUCAGUUUUGCCAACGUCCACAUCGACAAUGCAAACUACGUCAGUAAUGCCGACGUCUACAUCGACAAUGCAAACUACGUCAGUUAUGCCGACGUCAAGCGUAGAAAGUACGUCUGUUAUGCCAACUUCCACAUCGACAAUGCAAACAACAUCUGUUAUGCCGACUUCAACCGUAGAAAGUACGUCUGUUAUGCCGACGUCAACCGUAGAAAGUACGUCAGUUAUGCCAACGUCCACUUCAGCAAUGCAAACUACGUCUAUUAUGCCGACGUCAUCAUCUUCAAUGCAAACGUCUGUAAUGGCGACGUCAACAGCUGAAAGUACGUCCGUAAUGCCGCCAUCCACAUCUACAACUGUUACACCGACGUCCACAUCGACAAUGCAAACUACGUCAGUUAUGGCGACGUCCACAGUUGAAAGUACGUCAGUAAUGCCAACGUCCACAUCAACAAUGCAAACUACGUCAGUAAUGCCAACGUCAACAUCAACAAUGCAAACUACAUCAGUUAUGCCGACGUCCACAUCAACAAUGCAGACUACGUCAAUAAUGCCGACGUCCAAAGUUGAAAGUACGUUAGUAAUGCCAACGUCCACAUCAACAAUGCAAACUACGUCAGUAAUGCCGACGUCAACAUCAACAAUGCAAUCUACAUCUGUUAUGCCGACGUCCACAUCAGCAAUGCAAACUACGUCAGCUAUGCCGACGUCCACAUCAACAAUGCAAACUUCGUCAGUUAUGCCAACGUCGACAUCAACAAUGCAAACUACGUCAGUAAUGCCAACGUCCACAUCAACAAUGCAAACUACGUCAGUUAUGCCAACGUCGACAUCAACAAUGCAAACUACGUCAGUAAUGCAAACGUCCACAUUAACAAUGCAAACUACGUCAGUAAUGCCAACGUCCACAUCAACAAUGCAAACUACGUUAGUUAUGCCAACUUCGACAACAACAAUGCAAACUACGUCAGUUAUGCCAACGUCCACAUCGAUAAUGCAAACUACGUCAGUUAUGCAAACAUCCACAUCGACAAUGCAAACUACGUCUGUUAUGCCGACGUCCACAGUCGAAAGUACGUCAGUUAUGCCAACGUCCACAUCAACAAUGCAAACAACGUCAGUUAUGCCGACGUCUACCUCGACAAUGCAAACUACGUCAGUUAUGCCGACGUCCACAGUUGAAAGUACGUCAGUUAUGCCGACGUCCACAUCGACAAUGGAAACUACGUCAGUAAUGCCAACUUCCACAUCAGCAAUGCAGACUACGUCAGUUAUGCCGACGUCAACAUCGACAAUGCAAACUACAUCUGUUAUGCCGACGUCCACGUCGACAACACAAACUACGUCAGUAAUGCCGACGUCUACAUCGACAAUCCAAACUACGUCAGUUAUGUCAACGUCCACAUCGACAAUGCAAACUACGUCUGUUAUGCCGACGUCCACAUCGACAAUGCUGACUACGUCAGUAAUACCAACGUCAACAUCAACAAUGCAAACUACAUCUGUUAUGCCGACGUCCACAUCGACAAUGCAAACCACGUCAGUUAUACCGACGUCCACAUCAACAAUGCAAACUACGUCAGUUAUGCCAACGUCCAUAUCAACAAUGCAAACUACGUCAGUUAUACCGACGUCCACAUCAACAAUGCAAACUUCGUCAGUUAUGCCAACGUCCACAUCAACAAUGCAAACUACGUCAGUUAUGCCGACUUCUACCUCGACAAUGCAAACUACGUCUGUUAUGCCAACGUCCUCGUCAACAAUGCAAACUUCGUCAGUUAUGCCGACGUCCACAUCAACAAUGCAAACUACGUCAGUUAUGCCUACGUCUACCUCGACAAUGCAAACUUCGUCUGUUAUGCCAACGUCUACAUCGACAAUGCAAACCACGUUAGUUAUGCCGACGUCAACAUCAACAAUGCAAACUACGUCUGUUAUACCAACGUCAACAUCGACAAUGCCAACUACAUCUGUUAUGCCGACGUCAACCGUAGAAAGUACGUCAGUUAUGCCAACUUCUACAUCGACAAUGCAAACUACGUCAGUUAUGCCGACGUCUACCUCGACAAUGCAAACUACGUCAGUUAUGCCAACGUCCUCGUCAACAAUGCAAACUACGUCAGUUAUGCCAACGUCAUCGUCAACAAUGCAAACUACGUCAGUUAUGCCGACGUCCACAUCGACAAUGCAAACUACCUCUGUAAUACCAACGUCCACAUCGACAAUGCAAACUACGUCAGUUAUACCGACGUCCACAUCAACAAUGCAAACUACGUCAGUUAUGCCGACGUCCACAUCAACAACGCAAACUACGUCAGUUGUACAGACGUCCACAUCAACAAUGCAAACUACGUCAGUUAUGCCGACGUCCACGUCAACAAUGCAAACUACGUCUGUAAUGCAAACGUCGACAUCAACAAUGCAAACUACGUCAGUUAUGCCGACGUCCACGUCAACAAUGCAAACUACGUCUGUAAUGCAAACGUCGACAUCAACAAUGCAAACUACGUCGGUUAUGCCAACCUCAACGUCAUCUGUACAAACUACGUCAGUUACACAAACGUCAUCUUCAGUUGUACCCACGUCGUCGUCAACAAUGCAAACUACUUCGAUAACACCAACGUCGACAGUGGAAACCACCUCAACUAUUCAAACAUCGACGUCAUCUUUUACACCAACGUCGUCUUCAACAGUCGAAACGACUUCAAUAAGUCCACCAACAUCAACAUCAAGUGUUAUGACAACUACAAUCGUUUCAACGUCAACCAUUUCACCGACGUCGUCAUCCACUGUUACACCAACAAGCAGCGUGACGCCUACAACGCCUACGACGCAAGCGCCGACUACGGAUAGUGGCGCGCGGUUUAAGAUACGAGGUUCUCUGAGAAUCACGGCAGGAGCGGUGUGGAAUGAAUCUUUAGGGAAUCAGGAGACGCAGGAUUACAAGAAUCUAUUGGCGGAUUUCGAAAAUGAGAUGGACUUCGUUCUCAUGAACAACGCGGCCCUCCGUAGUAGAUACAAGGGACUUGAAGAUGUUUCAUUCAGCGAAGGCAGUGUCAUUGUCAACUACACACUUCUAUUCAGUGUAAACGAAAAUAUACCGAUAUCGAGCGAUUACGUCACUUCCGUUAUCCGAGCGGCAGCAGUUAAUAGCUCAUCAACUUCGUUCCAGGAUUUCAAAGUUGAUCCGAACAGCAUAACUAAUUCUGUUGUCAUAGUGCCGACCACGCCCACUGCAUCUACUCCAACCACCCCGCCGACAACAAUACCGGAAUCAACGACCAUGACACCGGAAGUUAUGAAGGCACUUCCGAACUGGGCCAUCGCAGUGAUUGCGUGUGGCGCAGCUGUGUUGUUAUUCCUGCUCAGCCUUAUUUGUGUUCUGUGCCGCCGACGUCACGUGACUCAUAAAUAUGCGCUGGAAGAUCCUGAUGACAUCAACUAUACUCGAACUUGGGCCAAGGACACCAGCCAAAACAAUAUGACGUACGCUUAUGACAACCAGGUGGAUGUUUCGGACGUGGCUGAAUCAGGACAGGUGAAAGCACCAGUCCCUCACUACAAUCUCACUGAUCGAGACGUGAGGGAGGGAAAUGGAACAGCAACUGGGGUGUCACGUGAAAAUAGGACAGCUGAUCCGAAUAAAGUCACUGUUCUUUGAUAGAAAAUCAAAGUAUAGUGUUUAACAAAUUAUAUGUAUAUAAAUUAAUGAAUAUACACGAUUGGCCGCCUUCGAAUGGUCAAGCAAACAGAGGAGUUUUGUAUUAUUACGACAAUACAAAAACGUUUUACGAUCAGGACACAGACACGUGGGAAACGAAAAUGUGAUCACGUGACAUUACAUCAUAUCUAUGUGUAUAUAUAUAGAACAUUUUACGAACAUGUAGCUUACACUAUGGAAACGAAUUUGUACUUACACUAUCCUAUUGCCACAACAACAAAGAUGUUUAACGGCUAGGAAGCGACAAUGUAAUCACAUGAUUUAAGUGCGGUGUCUGAAUAACAUUUAUCGGCCAGGAAACUGACACGGUCGAACCAAAAGCGUGAUCCAAAAUCUUCAAGCCGUUUUACGCCCCGUAAACUAGCACAGCAGAAGCGAAAAAAGGGAUCGCAAAGACUUAUUUUGCAAUAAACAAAAUGUUUGAUCAUGUCACCGUAAGAUGCACUUGCUGAAUGAGACGCUGUUUUCAUGUAACUAUGUUUCCAUACAUAUAUGCUCAGAGUGAAGUGGUGCUGUUUACACAAUAUAAUCAUACAAGAUUAAUUUCAUCUACAUUGUAAAUUGAAUAUCCUUCUUUUCGAACAUUUGUUGACCGUAAAUUGAAGGGCAUUAAGGCUGAGCCAUUCGAAAAUCGCUGAAAACGAGACAUAUCCUACCAUCAUACAUAACAUACAUAUCUUUAUUGUAAAGAAGUAGAAUAUUUAACACUUACAAUAGUUACGAUAUUUGCACAGUGUGUGUGUAAAAUGUUUAAGGUACAUAUCAUUUCAGAUAUCCAUUAUAAUUGAAUCUUAUUAUUUUUGCUCAUUUUUGUAUUAAUUUUAAACAUCUUUGCAUGGCGGUAAACUCUUGGCCAUUUUCACGAAAAAAUAUUAAGCCGUUUGAUAAUUAUUUUCCAAUUUAUGUAAAACAUAUAAAUUAUAAGUGCUAGGCUUUAAUUUGACAUUUUCAUGUACUUGUAUUCUGCUAACAAAUAAUUGAUUAUGAUAAAAUGAGUAACGUAUCUCACCUAUUUACUUUAGUUAUUAAUUCCAUGAUUACUAAUGUCUUUUACCAAUACUUUUCAUCAUUUUAGAUUAGUAAAAAUAUCUACUAUACGUGCUAGGCUUUAUGUUGGCCCUGAAAUGCAUUUAUAUAAUAUGGUGUACUAUUUGAUGAAUAUUUUCCAUAAGUAACGUAUCAUACAAUUUCCAGUAAUAUUUAUCAUAACAUCAGUAAUGUAUGUCACCUUUGUUUCGUUGUAUUCCCAUCAGUGAACUUAAGUAUUUUACGGUAUUGGCAGUGUUUCAUUGUGUUAUUCCGUAGCAAGUCUCUCUAAUAUAAUCCUGUUUUAUAUAGAAAUUUAACAGUCUGGAUAAACUGUAUGUUCUAAUAAGUGAAUCAAUUAAAAGGUAGUGUGUAAUUUACAUUCAAGUUACGGUGUUUACAUGUUGAUUAGAAUCCUGUUUAAUGUACAUUCCAUUUAGAAGAUUACAUGUAUAUUGGUACCUUAGAGUUACGGAGACUACAUGUUGAUUAGAAAACUGUAUUCCAUUGAUGAAGAUAGCAUGUAUUAGUACUUCCCCCUAACGGAGAUUACAUUUGUAUUCAAAUACUGUUUUGAUGCUUUUGUGGUCAGAUAUUUGAUCAAAUAUAAAUGAUAAAAAAUGAUUUGUAAAUAUAAGUUUUGUGUAAUAUUCGCUCACAACGCAUUGCCUUAUUGUAUAUAUGUGUUAUAUAGUCAUGAGUAUAUAUAUAUAUUAUAUUAUAAUGGUCAGUAUGUCUACUGACUUGUAAGCAGAAAUUUGUGAAGAAAUGUAUGUAUCCUAGAUUACUGUAUGUUGCUUUAAUUUCGCGAGGUGUUUAUGUUAGCGAGAACAUGCGAUCGUAGAUUACGAUAUGAACUUAACCUUUAUUCAUAAUUCAGAUUCUAUAGUUGCUUAAACAUAUUUUAUUUCAUUUUUGAUGUCGGGUUCCUUUAAAGAAGGAAAUUUAACAUGAUUAUGACGUGAGAAACUUGAACUCUUAUUUUAAUGUUAGAUCUUAAAUAUAUGCAGAGUGAAUCAUUUAUAUAGAAGCCGGUUUUUGGGGUAGCGAAAUAUUACGACUAACCGGCCGCUGUACUGCCUAAAACUACAAUCACGAUUAAAGGACCUCGCGAAGUUAAACUCGAUUGAAUUACUAGUAUGAUGUUGAUAAUACUCAUAUUAUCGAGUGUGUUCUAAUUUAUGACUUAGCUGUAUAAUAGUUUAAAUAUCUGUUCGAAGGUAAUUCGCUUUGCAUAGAUUCUCGCCUUUAGUCUCCAUAAGCUGCAUGUAGAAAAAUGAUUGAGAAAUGGGUUCGAUACUUGAAAACUAUGAACAAUGUGAUGUUAAUACCAAAUAGACAAUUAAUGGAUAUGGCCCUGGAUUACCUUUUCCUGUAUAAUGCAUGCCAAAUAUAUAUUAAUCUUCAACUUACUUUGAUGUAUUAAAACAUUUCAAUAAUUUCUAUAUACUAUGUGAGAAAUACCGCCUAAUAAUAAUGUGCCUUAAUCAUUGUUGUUUUGCCUUUUUUAUACUUUUAAGUAUGUACUGAUGAACAGUGAAUGGAUUAAAAUGAUCACACAUAUAGUGUUCAUACAAAUACAUUUGAUAUACUUUUGAAUGAGCUUAAUCGUCUUGAAGAGAAGAAUCUUAAUUGUAAACAUUUAAUGGGUCGUUUUUUUCAGAACAUUGUUAACGUGAAAUAUAUAAUGAUGUGCUCACAUCUUUAAAUAAAAUAAAAUUCAGCCGAACCAGUUGUCUUAAAUGUUGUUAGGAUUCAGAAAGUGCAUUUAUUUUUGACUGCAUGUUUAAGCUGUGAUUUUGUAUUGCAAAACGGAUUUUGCAGACAACUUAUGAUAAUUGAUACUAUGAUAGUUUAUGAAGUUGGACUUAGUCAUAUUUCUUGUCUCAAAACAUGAAUGUAACAUGCAUAUUUACACUUUCAAAACAUAUCUUGAUAAUCGACAAUAACAUUCCAUAUUGUAGCAUCGAGCUAUUGUAAUAGUAUUAUUCUGUUAUUUCAAUAAUAUCUGUCUCUUUUGCGUUUGUGGACAAAUGUACUUUCAUUCCACAAACAAUGAACUUCACCAAACUUAACGCUUUUCAGUAAGAAUAUUAAUAAUUGUUUUAUGUAUGAAAAUAGAUUUGAAUCUCAAUUGCGCAUAGACUGAACCAAUUUGUGGAUGUUGUGGGCUCCAUUAGAACGUAUUUUGGUUCGCAACGCGGUCAACGAUUUAAUUUUUCACAAAAUUAGUUUAUGCAUGUUUUUGAUGCACUAUUAUAUCACAUUUGACUUUAAUGAUACAGAUAUAUAAGCGAUAUGUUGGCGCUUUUUUAACUGGGGGAAUUUGUGUCCACGAAGCUCUAAAUUAAAAACAAAACAAAAACAUUAUAAAUAUAUUUUAUAUUUAUGUUUCUUAUCUUCAUUCAAAUCAUAUUCUUUUUUUUUUGCUUAGAUCUUUAAGGUUAAAUGGGUUAAACAUAAUAAUGCAUUUUAAAAAUUGCAUCAACCUAUAUGGUGCCCCAUUAACCCGUAGGGUGUCCCUUUAACCCGUAUGAUGCCCCAUUAACCCGUAGGGUGCCCCAUUAACCCGUAUGGUGCCCCAUUAACCCGUAUGGUGCCCCAUUAACCCGUAUGGUGCCCCAUUAACCCGUAUGGUGCCCCAUUAACCCGUAUGGUGCCCCAUCAACCCGUAAGGUGCCCAAUGGCCGUUCAUGCUGGGUGGACUACAACGCGCGUUUCUUAUUAAAUGAACAAGCUUACUCUGAAUAAGAACUGUUCGACCAUUUUCCAUCGAAAACAACAUCGGAUGUCUAUGGACGGCUUACAAUGUCAGAAUUCUUAAAAUUUAUCUACGUUGCAAGUAAAUAGCAUAGUAAAUUCAAUUUAGCAGUUAAAAUUUAGUCAUAUAAAAUAUUUAUGCAAUAAUACGCUUCACUGGGUAUCAUUUUAAACAUACUUAUAUAAAUUACACGUUUAAAACUUAUAACGCUACAAUUAGUUCACAAUAUUAUUAGUAUUUGUAUGAACUACUUUUACUGAUGUGCCUGCAUCCGAGGUUGUUUUCUAUGGAAUAUUGUCGCGUAGAUCCAAUUGGUUUACUCUAUGUACCUUCCAUUUUCUAAUCAUUGAAUGAUCGAAUUGUAUGCAUUUUGAUUAAAUGUCACGUAAAACAUAUGUACAUGCAUAUUAUGGAAUAUUUAAUAUAAUAAGCCAUGUGUGUGUGUAAGAAAAUGUCAUUCUUUUGUAUUGUACAUUAUAUUAUUGUCAAGGUUCGAUUGAAUCUUGGGUUUUUCAUAAUCCCAAAUAUACAUAUAAUUAUAUAGAACAUUGUAAAAUAUAUAUUUAUGAAGAUAUGCAAUAAAUAUUUACACAUUU